UCCCCCCUCCUUCCUCCGGCUCCGGAAUUCCCCAAGUUCGAGGAGAAAUACGCUAGCCCGGCUGGGGGCGCGGUGGGGGGCACAUGGCAGUUGUGACAGCUCCGGGCGGUGGCGGCGGCGUGCGCCUCUCUCGUGCGCCCUCCCCUCCGGCUUAGGAAUUACCCGCUGAGCGUGGAAGCCGGGCGCCCGCCGGCAUGGGCCACUGCUGCUGCAAGUCUCCGAGCUGCCCCCGGUGCCUGGACCAGACGAACGAAAGUGCCCUUGUGAAAGAGAAGCAACUGUCCAUCGAGCUUGCGAGCAUCAGGGAUGAAGUGGCCUUCACCACGGCCAAAUACGAGAAGGUGCAGCAGGAGCGGGAGGAGCUGGAGAAGCGCUUCGAGGCCGAGGUGCGGGGGCUGCGCUGGCAGCAGCAGGAGGUGCUCCGGGCGCUGGAGGAGCGGCUGCAGCUGCAGUUUGAGGCCGAGGUGCUGCGGAUGCAGGAGGAGCACCAGGGCCAGCUGCUGAGGAUCCGCUGUCAGCACGAGGAGCAGGUCAGUGGCCGCAUCCCACAUCCCUGUCCUCAUGGUCGCUGUCACUGCCUGGGAAGACCCAAGGGGCGGGGGCCACUGCAGCCAUCAGCCACAGCUGUAGCAAGAAGCCCUUGUGGUAGGUUGGCGUCCAGUCUCUGCCCACCUGCCUUCUCUCCCCCUCCCUUUCUCUCCCCUGGGGCUGGGAAUGCUCUCCCUUCACAUCCUCUAUGGCUCCCAUACUCCCUUCAAAAGUUUAUAGGAAAUGUCCCCAUUCAUCAGUUUCCUGUGCAGGGGGAAGGGGUUGGGCCAUGUCUCAGGAGAUCCACGGUCCCUCUGCCUGCUUUAAGAAGCCCCCACCACCUCCCCCGGUCCCCAGCCACCAACAAACUCCUUGUUGGGCGUGGACCCAUCUCUUCAUCCGCGGGUGCGUUUGCGGUCUGCUCUGGGCCAGGCGGGAAUCCACCCGCUCAGCUGCUCACGGGCAAUGUCAGAGGUUCAAGUCCAGCCGGGGGCCCUCAGAAGAAAGGCCGGGUAACCUGUGGGGACACUCAGUCCUUGGAUCCCCUGCAGUUCCACUCGGACACUCCAAGCAGACUCGGUGCCCGUUGGCUUUCCGGACAAAAUGCCCACAGUGGUGGUGGGGUUUCAGGGUGGUCCCUACUUCUAACGCCUGAUGCCUGGGCUGCCCCAGGAGCUCUGUGUCCCCUCCCUCCUCUGAGCCCAGGCGGCUGGCCCUCACCAGGUGGGCCCACGCCGGAUCUGCCAUGUGGUGGUUUGCAGGACCAGGUGGACACGCUGACCUUCCAGAGCCAGUCUCUGCGAGACAGGGCCCGGCGGUUUGAGGAGGCCCUGAGGAAGAACACAGAGGAACAGCUCGAGGUGGCCCUGGCGCCCUACCAGCACCUGGAGGAGGACCUGCGCAGCCUGCAGCAGGUGCUGGAGAUGAAGAACCAGCAGAUCCACCUGCAGGAGAAGCAGAUCGUGGAGCUGGGAAAGCUGGCCGAGAAGAAUGUGAUCCUGGAAGAGAAGAUCCAGGUCCUCCGGCAGCAGAAUGAAGACCUCAGGGCCCGGAUCGACCAGAACACCGUCGUCACCAGACAGCUGUCGGAGGAAAACGCGAAUCUCCAGGAAUAUGUGGAGAAAGAAACCCAGGAGAAGAAGAGGCUCAGCCGGACCAACGAAGAGCUGCUUUGGAAACUGCAAACCGGAGACCCGACCAGCCCGGUCAAACUGUCCCCCACAUCCCCCAUUUACCGCUGCUCUUCCUCCGGCCCCCCAUCUCCAGCCAGGGUCAGCACCACGCCGAGAUGACGCCGCCUUGCAGCCUGCAGUGCCCGGCUGGCUUCUCCGCCCCCCUGGGCGCUUCCCUCCACGGGGAGAAUUAGCCCGAGGAGCUGAUAGCGCGGUCGGUCGCGGUGCUGGCCCUGCCCGCAUGCUCAGUAGUGGCAUCACUGUGUGCUAGCAGAGCCCUCAUCUGCGUCCCAGGCACAACUGUCUCGGGCACACACGUGGGCAGGUGUUGGCCGAUGUGCCACGUGCCGCCGCCGUUAGCCAAGAGAGAGAGACCACCCGUGGCCAUGACCUGUUCUUUCGAGAGGACCGUCCAACGCAGACUUCCAGGCUGGUGACGCACCGCUCCAUUCUGAAUCUCCCUAGGGGGCUUUCAGGCCCCGCGCCAAGUGGGGUGCCCGUGCGGAGACGACUUGUAGACAGGCGCAGCUAUGCCCAAUGGCGUUGUUUUUUAAUUCUCACAAGAAGCGCUGACCUAUUUUCAUGACCGUCAGCAGUUUUCUAACGCGUGCCUCAGAAUCAUUGGGAAAUGAAAACGCAUUUCUAUCGAGCUUCCCAGGAAUAUUUCUACCCAGAAAAAUUUCUACCCAGAAAAUAGGAAAAAAAGGAAAAAUAUUUAAAAAACAAACAAACAAAAAAGAAACCACAGCAGAAGCACCUUUGCAGCCUACCGCCACGUGGGACCCUUGUGUAAACCGCACACCAGCGAUUUAUGAAACGGUCCCUCCCCAGUCGGCAGGAUGUCAGGUCUCUCCUAGUCCAUCCACAAGUUUUCAUUCGGCACAGCCCUGUCUCGAGUGGGGACCCCAGAGGGGUCAGCAUUGGUCAGGGGCUGCUCGUGCCAGGACUCCUCUCUAGCCCUCAUACGCUUGUCUCGCGCUCCUCCUUGGUAACAUCUUGGAAUCAGUCACUCAGUCAUUGUCCCCUGGGGAAACAAAAUCAACCAAGGGCAGGAUGCCCUUGUCAGGCCCCAAGACCGUCUGAGCCCCUUCCUUGCAAAGGUGGGGAACUGUAUGGGAGGGGGCCUGUCUCUGGACGCAGCACCGAGAGGGAACGUGCGCUCUGCCCUGGCGGCGUGUUGGAUGAGUGGUCAGCCACAGAAGUGGGGGCCUGAUGGAGGGCGACGCCCACCCCCCAUCUCUGAUCCUAGCACCCCGCCCAUCAGUGCUCAUGAAGAUGACCAGGGGCUUCACCAGGGGCUUCCAGGAAAGCAACUCCUGCGUCCUGCAGGACCGAGUUAUCUGAUCCCCAAAGCCCAGGUGAUGGAGCAAAGCCCCUCCUGACCAGGGCCCCAUCCUUUGAGGAGGGUCUCCCCAAGAGGGGAGCACCGUGACGCAGCCGGCCAGCGCUCCUGGUUCCUGGUCUAGUUGCUCGUCUCUGCAGUAGUAGCAUUAGGAUGUGAAGUGUGUUCACGUGCGUAGUGCAGCCGUGGAAGCUUAGGAGCAUGGUGCUCAAAGACAUAGUUUGAACCCUUGACGUGGCGGUGGUGAUGAUGAUAAUGAUGAUACCUUUAUUUACUGUGUGUGAUCAAGACCCUGCACUUCUCCCCCAAGACCCUGUAAACAACGUUCUGAGCACACCCCGUCUUGCGCAUGCCUGACACAAGAAGACCCACACAGGAAUCCUAUUUGGCCAAAACCAGGAAGCGGGGAAGAUUGAGCCCCCACCCAGAGGGGGCUCAGUGAAUCCAGAGUCCCCCCACAGGUGCCAUAACCGAAAACCUGGUUAUGGCAGGGGGCUGUCCCUGGCCUGCUUCAAAGCUGGGCUGGCGGGCCUCAGGGGCACCCCAUCUCCAGCAAGCCCCCACGGGUCCUUUGUCUGCCCUAGGGCCUACAUGGUCAGUGUACAGUGCAGACACAGUUUCUCUUAGUGGCCCUGUCUGCUUGACGACGUUGGCUCAAGGUGGCCGUUCCAGUAGAGUAGAGCGCGCCCCACUCACCAGUCCCCCUGCCACCCUUAUCGAUGUAUCCCCCCACUUGGGCACCACCUGCAGACACCCGCUGGGCCACAGCUGAACUCUCAGAACCAGGAACCGAUUGCAGAAACGCGUCUGCGGAGCGCAGUAGCACAGCAAUACAGAUUCGGGGUUAGGUUAGCUUGGGUUACGCUAGGGUUAGGUGACGUUAGGAGGCUGGGGCCCUGUGCCUGUCAGUCAUAGUCCACGUGGUGGUAGUGUCAACGCCAAGGCAGUAUUCAUCCUAGCCUGCCUUGACCUUGGUACUUUAGGGAACCCUCCCUUUGCCCUGGCUUCCUUUUUUGUUCUAUCCUGGCCAUUCAUCCCUGAUGUCACCACCUCUCCCAUGCCACAUGGAGGUGGCCACUGCUGCACCCCCUCCCACGCCUCCUAGCCCCAUGUCACUAGACAAGGAAGUCAUCUUCUCGUCCGUCCGCCCCAGGCAAGAACGGCUCCACCAGCAGAGGCUGCGCUCUCGCCUGCUCCUGCCACGCCCACCAGCACCACCUCCUCCCGUCGCCUGGGAGACAUGUCUGUGCCCCCACCCACCCCUGCACCUUGCCCACUGUGUGCUGGGGCUGGCCGCUGGAUGGCUGGCCACUGGGCAGGUUGGGGGGUGGAGGUCGGACGCACUCUGUUGCUAUCUGAAUGAAGACCCAGUGCCCCUUUCUCGCACCCCUACAAUUCCUGUGUUGCAUUUUUUGUGUUCAAUUCUGAAGCAUAUUAAAAAGAACUCGAGGGAA